GAACUUUGUAUAUUUCUUGAGAUUUAUAACAUCUGUGAUUUGAAGACAGAAGUACCUACAUAAACGAACCAAAAUGAAAUAUAUCUGUCUAAUUGUGCUAGCUGUUCUGCUAAAACACGCAGGGGCAGCUUGCUACAAUGGAACAGAUACUAUUAUGUGUACAGAUCCAAGCUGCAAUGGGUUCUGUAAUGAAGAUAUUGGAUGUUCAUGUGCUUCGGAUGAGACAAAAACCUGCAUGCCCACUGCUUGUGAUUUUAUAUAUGUCUCUCAAUGCUGCCCCUCUGGCUAUUUCUGGGAUCCCAGUCUAUCAUGCUGCAGUGAUGAAGUAAUGUGUGACCCCCCAUGUCUCAGUGAUGAAAUAUGUGCCAGUGUUAAUAAUGUAGCAACUUGUGUCUGUAAUAAUUCAGCUUAUUCUGGCAAAACAAUUGCAGACUUCAGCCCAUCACUGUCCUGUCAAUCCAAUAUAAUGGUCAUCUCUGUUAGUCAGUGUUUGCUGACCUACCUUGGCUAUGAUUACACCAACAUACACCUACUCAAUGAGACUGACAGCUGCAACAUUCAUUACUCGGAAAUCAUCAACAACAAUCGUGUGGAAAGCAUGCAGCUCAAAGUGCAGUCAGGAUGGUGCGGUAACACAAUGAUGUUUGACUCCUCCAAAGUAUACUAUAAAAACAGUCUUUAUAUUGGAAUUCAGAAUAAAAGUGUUAUUACAGUGAAACCCAUGCUCUUUAAUGUUACCUGUAGUUACAACCUGACAAUACAGACAAGCCUUAUUUAUGGCAUCAAGCCAGUAGAAAGUCUUCACAGUCUUGCAGAAAAUGGAACAAGUUCCUUUGCCCUGACUAUGUCUGCAUAUAAAAAUCCUGAUUAUACUUCACCAAUACAAGCAGAGGAUACAGUGGAAGUGGGAACUUAUAUCUACCUGGGACUGUUUGUUUAUAAUGCUGAUGGAACUGCAUUUUCUCUAAGGGUGGAAGAGUGUUAUGCCACCCCAACCAGUGAACCAUUAGAUGUCAACAGAGUGUAUAUAGUGCGUGGUGGCUGCGCAUACACUAAUGAUGUAGAGUCAGUGGUAGAAGAGAAUGGAAAAACUCUUGAGGCCAGGAUCAAAAUGAGUAUGUUCAGCUUCCAUAAUCAAAAUAAUGUCUACAUCUUCUGCAAUGCUACGCUAUGCCCAAAUUCUCCGCUUAAUCAAUGUGAUCAGUGUCGCACAGUGAUGGGAGUUUAGUGGUGAUAAGUUGUUCGGCAGUUCUGACCAAGUUUUUAAAGAAGAUGUGGUUAAUAAAGUAUAUUCUUCAUGGAAAAAUACUGGUGUCUUCUUACUUGGAGGUUUACGGCACCUGGACAUUUUUAGAAGCUUAUCAACUACAAUCGUCUAUCAAACACAGUUAUACAGAUCUACAGUGUAUCUUUCCCUAAUACUAAUAACCUAAGCCUUGCAAAUGGCUCUUCCUAUGUACAAAAAAUUACAAAAAUUCAACUCCCUGGUAAGUGCAACCCCCAUACAUCGUAUACAGUAUCACUGCAUUAUAUUCAUAUUCCAAUCACAGGCAAACAAGUCUUACUGUAUAUACUGUAGUUUUAGUGCAUAUAAAUAAAGUUACAUCCAUCAGUGUUACACCCAGCUAAUCAAGAUUUUCUUUCUUUAAUAUAUUCUCACACUACCAUACCAAUUUAUAUUGCUAUUGAAUGAAAUAAAUUAAUGCAAAUGAUCUAAUGGGUAUAAUGAGUUAAACAUAUCUGUGAUAUAAGGAUUAAAAGUAUAAUGUAAAGCAAAUCCCCACCUAAUCAAUUUGUCUUCAAAAACGUAUUGGGGCAAUUUACUUAGGUCUGAAUUUUCUCUUCGGAAAUAUUCACCAUACUUCGCGCAUGCUAUGUCAGAUGUUUAAUUCCCUACAACUACAACUGCCAUAUUUUCACUAGUGAAAAUUCAUCAGCGUGAUAGUUUUCUAGCAAAUUUUCUCAAGCAUUACUUUUUUCCCAGCGAAACUUUGUUAACAUCUUACCCUUACGUCAAUUUAAAUAUGGCGGGUACAUACAGGUCAUAUAUGUCUUUAUUACUUACAUUGGUGAAAUUGCCGGAAGUAGACACUUAUUAAAAAUUUCUAAGGAUCCAAAUAAAAACAAAAGAGAUCCUCGAUUCUCCUAAGACCACCCUAAAACAAAUGUAGCAUGUGCUUCAAAU